UAAUGAUAUAAGCCCAACUAAUAAUUAUACCACUAGCCCAAAACACAGCCUAGUUCUUUUUGGUCAUCAUCCUCGUUGGCCACGCCUUUCUCAUUUUCAAUUGCACCUUCUCUGAAACCCUAAAACUUCCCCGUCUGCCGUCUCAACCACCUUAACUUCCCUAGAUCCGCCCUCUUCAACCACAAUCAGCCCUUUUUCCUUUGAAUCCUUAGCAUCCUCCAUCAAAGAUGAAAGCUUUUUAGUAAAAGGUGGCGGCUUUCCUUCAUCUGCGAUCGGGUAUAUGACAACUUUCCGUACUUUCUACCUUCCUCCUCUCCCCCAACGGUCGAACAGAGAACUCGAUUGCUCUCUCUCUCUCUCUUCCCCUAAUACCCACCCAAGCAGGACAAGAAAAUGGGCGAAAGGGAACCUCCCUGGCAAAUGCUGUUUCCUUCAAACAUUUUCCGGCCAGCGAGAAGGGGAGGGCAGCAGGAUGUGGACAUUUGCUGCAUCCGUCGCUUAUCUAGCCGGAUUUAGGACGACGGGCUUAGUGGGCCAGGGGAUGGGCUUUGGCCCGCUUUUGGCGGUCGAGGGUAAAUCGGUCUUUUUGGUCGAGCUGCCGGUGGAGGCUGAUGGAGUCGUGGCGGCAAAGGAGUCUCGACUGGCGGCCGGAUUGCGAUAUGCGUAUACACGUAUCAACGCUAGCGGAUCCUCCAAAAGCCCUUUGGUGAAACAAUUUCUUGGUCUUUAUCGUCGCUUCGCUCAGACUGUUGCGGAUGAAUUAGCCGAGAAAUGUACUCUAUCAGUCGACGAAAGCGAGGAUUUUUCUUCGGGAACUUUGAACGUCGAUCAUAGUCAAGCUGAAAAAUCCGAGAAUGAUAAGAAGGAACGUGAUGAUGAAGCCAUAGGUCCCGAAAAUUCGGUAAAAGGGUUUGGGGAAUUGGAGACACUGGAAGAAGAAAAUGAUAUUGUGGGCCCCACAAGUUUUUUCCACACAGUAACUGGCAGUACUUAUCCGCCACCUCCUCCUAUUCCGCCUCCUAAGCCAUUGAGUACGAAUUCUAGAAGAUAUGUGCCUUCUGAGUCAAAUGCAGCGAGGAUAGGGUCGUCUAGGAGAACUUUCGGCUGGCCUGGUGUGUCAAGCAGGUCAUCUCCAACUGGGUCUCGCCCAUCUUCACCUAGGUCCCAUUGUGAAGGUGAAGGAUAUAACAGUGCUGAUGAGCAGGGCUUGGAAGUGAGAAAAAUGCUUGAGGAUGGGAACUGCCUUUUCCGUGCUGUUGCGGAUCAAGUAUAUGGUGACUCUGAGCUAUAUGAUUUGGUUAGGCAGAUGUGUAUUGACUAUAUGGAGAGAGAAAGAGAUCAUUUUACACAGUUUAUAACAGAAGGAUUUACUUCCUAUUGUAAGAGGAAGAGAAGGGAUAAGGUUUAUGGAAAUAAUAUUGAAAUCCAGGCUCUAUCAGAAAUGUACAAUCGUCCUAUUCACAUAUAUUCUUACAGCACAGAGCCUAUCAACAUAUUCCAUGGAAGCUAUAAUACAGAUACGCCCCCAAUACGACUCAGCUAUCACCAUGGAAAUCACUAUAACUCUCUUGUGGAUCCACGCAGAAUGACCAUUGGAGCUGGCCUUGGUUUUAGCUCUCUUCAAGGGAGGAAUGUUGAUAAGGAUCAGGUCAAAGCAGCUAUUAAAGCUCAACAAGAUCAGCAAAUUGACAAUGCACUUCUUGCUGAGGGACGAUUCUAUUCUGAUCUUGAGCUGACCGAGAAGGAAAUUGAGAGAAUGGUGAUGGAAGCUUCUAGAAACGAGUAUCUUGCUGACGACAAGUUCAAGCAGCAGAUCAGUCACAGGGAGUCAUCCACUUCCAGAGCCGAACCAUCAUCUUCUGCAGCCAGACCGGGAAGUUAUGCCAGGCUGGAAGGCGGGCGUGAAUCCAGCUCACCAGGUUCGGUGGUCGAGGCUUACAGCAUUUUUGGGGAUGAUGUUGAUUCCAUGGUCUGUUAUCUUUUAGAAAUGAGCAGUAACGGCAGG